AAAGGAAAAAUAUAUAUGGCGUCUCUUUUAGUUUUGGUGGAAGUGUAUUGCAGUUAACUUUAUCUUUGUUUUAAUGGGAAAAAGCAAACAUUUCCAACCGUCGUAAUUGUGAAUCAACGCAAGAUGAGCGCUUUCGCGGUAAAUUUAGAUAAAUUGAAACUGAGAGAGGAUCUAUUCAAAGAAGUAAAAUACUUUGUGACCGGGAACUUAGAUGCAAAGACAGAUAAGCUGCUUAAGGAUGGUGGUGCAUCGUGUUGUAAUUAUUUAAUGACAAAUACCACCCAUUUGUUAUGUGGUGAAGGUUUCGACGAGAGUGAAAUUGCUCAAGCAUCCGAUUUGUAUGAAAUACCUUCGGUGACCGAAGCGUGGGUAAUUGCUUCCGCAAAAUUGGGACGCUUGGCGUCAACAAAACCGUACGAUCCAACACCCAAUUCCAAAUGUUUUUCGCAAGUGUUUGCCUCCAUUACACAAGUGAGUGCAACCGAUCGAAAUCGACUGUACGCUUUGAUUACAUUUAAUGGUGGAGUGGUCGAGCGAAAUUUUACUGCAAGAACGACACAUCUAAUCUGUGGCUCGGUUGAUGGGCCAGCGUAUGCGAAAGCGAUUACAAUCAAAAACGAUAAUUUCUGUGUGGUGACACCGGAUUGGAUCAUUGAUUCGUUGAAUGGUCAAGAAUUACGUGAUCCUCAGAUGUACCAUCCACGACUACUAAUUGUGCCUCAGCCGGAUUCCGUAUCUACGAAACCGGCACCAAAACCCACUGUCGUCUCAAUGGUACCAACAUCGGCUGGCAAUAGCAAUCCGGAAAAACAGUCACUCUCGAGCAUACUCGGUUUUGAUUACGAAGAAAAUCUUGAAAAGUCGGAUAUUCCCGUGCCACGUGAGAUUGAUGCAGUGAAUGCCGAAAAAUCAGCCGCUGCCUCAAUGACAAGUCAAAUAAAUUCCAUACUACAAAGUGUAUCGGCAUCGCCGUCCUCUUCAACUCUGCUAACACAGCAACGACCGCAAUUGAAUCAGAACAUGGCAAUGAUGCAGCAACGGCAAACCACUUUGAAUCAAGUCGAACAACAACAGCCAAACAAACUGCCCGGUCAAUCUCCACAGCAAAACCGUAAUUCGCAGGCCAUUGCGACAAAUGCUUCAAUUCAACAGCAGAUCACUGCAAUCAAUCAACAACAUCAGUACAAUCAGCAGCAGAAAUUGUUGGCUGGUAAUGGUACAAUGCAGCCACAACUGAAUCGGAGUGUCAGUGAAAUUGCAACGUCAUCGUCAACGGUUAGUAGUUCGGCGACAUCGGGUCCGGACUUUUUGCGCCAACAAAGCCAACAAUCUCAUCAGAUACUGACGCAGACAAAACAGCCCGUUCAAAAUGUUCAAAAUAUUAUGCAACAAGUCGGUCCCACUGGUCAGUCGCAGAACUUACAGCAAACCGUACAAAUGCAGCAGCAAAUUAGCAAUCCAAAUCAACCGCAACUGAUUAUCAGUCAGAAUAAUCAGGUCAUCACCCAGAAACAUAUCAUCAAUACAUCCACGGCUCAAGGACAACAGAUUAUACAACAAACGAGGCAAACACAUUUAAUGUCACAACAACGUCAACAAACUGCUGCUCAAACCGCCAACAUUUUACAGUCCCAACAACAGUCUGGUCUUAUUAUCGGAACGAAUCAACAGAAGCAACAGAUCCAAUUCAUUCAUACCACGCAAACGCCCGGUGGGCAACAGCAAGUUAAGAUCAUUCAAGGUCAACCGCAGCAGCACGUGAUGACUGGUCAACAUAUUAAUAAACCAUUGGUUCAAGGUCAACAGCCCCAACAACGCAUCAUAAUCAGUCAACAGCAGUUCAAUCAACUCAACCAACAACAACAACAACUCCUGAACAAUUCACAAAAUCAGAAUAUUGUCAUCAUUAACCAGCAGCCAGCUGGACAACAUCCGCAAAUUAUCAAUUCGAACAAUCAACAACAGGCGAAUGUGCUACAGCAACAGGUUCAAGGCAAUAAUAAUUUAGCGCAAGGACCGCCAUCACAGCAAGUGGCAAACCAACAGGUGAUGCUUCAAAAGAAUGUGGCCAAUAUUCAACAAUCACCUCAAGCGCCCAUGCAACAGCAGCAACAAAUCGAUCAACAGUCACCGCAGCAUCAAAAUGCAAACUCGCCGCAAAAUCAAAAUCAACUGAACGCACAACGGAUGCAUCCAUACCUUCAACAACAGCAGACAAUUCAGCAAAUUAAAAUGCAGUUGCAACAAGUCGGAAGUAACGCUUCACAGCAAGCAACAAUGGUGACCACACAAAAUCAACAACAGUCGAAUCUCCCACAGUUGUUACAAUCUCCCAACAUUCAAUCGAGCAUUCAAUCACCAAUCGUUCAGUCAACUCAACAACAACAACAACAACAACAGCAAAUUAUUCAAAACCAGCAAGUUCAAUCGGUUCCAUCUCCACAACAAUCUCAGCAACAAGUUAUGCCGACCCAGCAAAAGAUUCAAAUCCAAAAUCAAAUAAUCGUGCAGCAACAGCAGCCGGGCUUAGUGCAACCACAAAAUGCAAAUAUUUUAGUAAAUCAAUGGACUCCACAGAGUCCAGUACAGCAAGGACAGACAAAUGUGGGACAACCACAGCAGCAAUUUAUUAGAGCGACACAGCAGCGACCUCAACAAUGGCCUCCUCAAGCGGGUAAUCAGCCACAACGUCAAUUGAUCCAUUUGGAUGCUGCAACACAUGCUCAUCUUCAGACACUGGAUCCCAUCCGGCGAGCCGAGUACCUAACUAAACUGCAACAAAAGCAACGGGAACGUAGUUUGAUGCUCCGUCAGCAAGCCUUUCAAGGUCGACCAAAUGCACCCAAUAUUGUUACUGGUCAACGACCAGCCGGAGCUCAACAUGCAAUUAUUGUUCGUAGCCAAAUGCCAGCGGGAAUGACGCAGCAACAACAGCUCCAAUGGUUGCAACAAGUUCAACAACAAAGUAAUGUCAGACAACCGCUUUUAGUCAGAGGAGGAGCUCCGGGUCUCAGUCCCAUUUCACAAACAGUGUCACCCCAACAGCAAUUUGUUGACCCGAAUGCACAACAGCAAUUGCAACAACUUCAAAUACAACGACAACAACAAUACCAACGCUUACAACAAAUGCAACAGCAAAAUCGACCACAGGGUCAGCCCGUGUCACCGAGAGGAUUCACUUCCGAAGUGAAUCAAGUCAAUCAAGAUUUAUCGUCCGUUGUUACAACGCCAACGACGCCGGGUGCACCAAAUCAAAUUCAAAUUGCGCAAGAUCCGAAUUCACAGGCUUCGAUGAAUUCGAAGACAAAAACGGCACUUGCCAACAUGUUAAGCAAUCGCUUGAGCAACAAUGGCAGUACUCCAAAUAUUCCGGAAUCACCAACCGAACCCUCUGCAGCAGGUACAUUAAGAUUGAUGACUGCCCAGCACAAUGCGGCUUUAAAUCAAUCGACCGUACAGCGAACACCACAAGAAUUGGCUGCCAUUCAGCAACAACAACAGCAAGUUCAGCAGCAAGUAGUACAACGUCGUACUUUGGGAAAUAUAACAAAUAGUGCACCCGCAACGCCUGUAGUUAGUCAAAUUCAACAACCUGCCACACCGUCUGCCGCAGUUUCCCAUUCGCCAUCAAGCAUCAAACCACCGUUUCUGCCCACCAGUCCUGGUCGUCCACCAUUACAACGUCCACAGUUCUACGGUCACAAUCCGAAUUUGAAGCUUCCACCAGCUCUGUUCCUGUUGGGAUGUACGUUUUUCAUUGUCGAAUACGAUGAGAUCUGCGAAGAAAUGUUACCCGAAUGGAAAGAACUGAUUCAACGACAUGGCGGUGAGAUCGAGCAAAUGUAUUGUCCACGCGUGACACAUGUACUUUGUCGUACCCAACGGCACGGCGUGGUAAUGCAAGCAAUUCGUGAUUCGAAGCGAUGCGUUACUGCUUACUGGCUGAAUGACACGGUUAUGAAAAAACAAGUUGUACCACCCUGGCAAGCAUUGCAUCUACCAAUGCCAAGUACAUUCGGAACGCAACGACCAGCAACGCGUCAUAUCAUCGGCAUAUCCGGCUUUGAGGGCGAAGAACGAGUUCGUAUUAAGAACAUGAUUGACGAAUCAGGCGCUAUGCUCACAACGUAUUUGAGCCGACACAAUACGGUGCUGAUUUGUAAGAAACCGGAUGGUCCGAAGUACAAGCGAGCCAAAGACUGGAACAUUCCCGUUGUGAAUACAGUUUGGCUCAGUGACAUUUUGCUGGGUAAUUUGAGUGGCAUGUCUCAGUUUGAAACAGCCAAAUACCAGCAGUAUAACAUCACAGGACCUUUCCGGAUUGACUAUGGCCUUGUUCCCCAUUUGAUGACUGCCUGGAAAUCGCCAAUCAACCUUACCCAAGAAUCUCACGAGCGAGUUAAACGACACAAUUCAGAACCACCUGCCGAACCUAAGGUGAAAAAAAUGCGUACAAUUCCGCCACUGGAAGAGAUUCCCGAUGACAUAAUGUGUACUGAGCCUCUGGAAGCAGACAACGCACCGAAAAUUAUAUUUUCGCAAGUCGAUAACAUUGAUGGAUUGACGAGAGCUGUAAAAUCUCUUGGCGGCGAAAUAGUUGAAAAUCCCUCAGACGCAACACACUUGGUGGUAACUCGUCUGGUACGAAGCUGUAAACUUUUGGUCGCGCUAAGCGUUGUCGACCACAUUUUAUCGUCCAAAUGGAUAGUCGAAAGUGCCAAAGCCGGUAAAUUUCUACCGAUUGACGGUUACGAAAUCAACGAUCCCAAAUUCAAGCAGACAUUCAAAGCGGACAUACAGAAAACGAUUUCAUCGUCGUCGCGUCGCACGCUGUUCGAAGGUAAAACAUUUUUUCUUACGCCAACGGUUCGACCGAGUAGGUCGAUAUUAACGUCAAUGAUCGAAUCCAGCGGUGGACGGGUAGACAAAAAUCGUUUGUCGGCCGCUCGUAUAUCCGAAACGAAUGCACAGAAGCCGGCCAGUUAUAUUGUAUUGAGCUGUGCACAGGACUUGCAUUUGUUAAGCGAUCUAAUGCGACCGGGCAAACCAAAUCGUAUCAUUUGUUCGACGGAAUUCGUUAUGAGCUCGGUGAUGACACAGAUCAUUGACUUGGAACAACACAUCAUUAAGUAUUCGUGAGAUUCAAUGGUCAACGACUUUUCGGGUUGUUUCGAUUCGAUAGUCGACGUGUCAAUUUAGUUAAAAUUCAAUUUGUUUGUUGGCUGUCAGUGACACGAUUCGUAGGAAUUUAUUUGAUUUGAAUGUAAAUAGAGGGAUCUGCCACCAGUCAUUAAAGUUUACUUUGCAAUAAUAUUGGUUUCGCGUUAAUAAGUCAUUCGUAUAGCUCUAUAGUGUUGAGAGAUUGACAAAUGAAUCCAAUUUGUGAUCGGAAUAAUUUUACGUCUUUCAUGUUACCUGACAGGCUUCAAUAGUUUGCUAGUUGUGUAAUUCGUAGCCCUAAAGUAGAGCGAAAGCCAGUUAACUGAUCUUAGGGCCAGUUCAGCUCUCAAAUAUUGUGAAUCAGAAAAUAAAUUGAGAGCUAGGCCCAGCUUCGACGAUUUCUCUCAUUUUGACAUGUGACACCGAGAUCAGUUGAAGUAAACUAGUCAUAAAUUGCUCUCCCUUAACAACAUUAUUUACAUGCUCUUAACAUUCCUCGUUUUCCUUCUACGAAGUCUAGUUUUACGCAGCAACAGUGACGAAAUGUAGCGUUGGAGGAUUACAAAUCUAACAGCACAGUUCUCAGUUAUAAAUUGAAAUCUUAAAGUCCGAUGCGUUACGACAUUAAAACGAAGUCUCGAUUUAGCGUUGAACUUCAACACAGUCGUUGAAUUUUAAUUCGGUAAAAGCGUGCUAUCAACAACAUUUUACGCAAUGAAAUUGUUUGAGUUUGUAAGGCAAGACCAUGUGAUAUUCGAAAAUGUGCUGGUGAUUGCUUACAAGGUGUAAAAAACUCUUUCGAUCAUUUUCCCCCGCAGUGGUGUUGAAUUUCAAUUGUCAAAAACCAGACUCGAUCAUUUUAUUAUCAUUUUAGAAGGUCAAAACUGUUGUUUGAGCAACACAAUUUUUAAAGAAAUUCGCUAAACUUAACUUAAAGGUGACCAGUCGCAUCCUCUCUUUUUUACGAUUUAUUUGAUCACUUCAUGGACUUGACGUCUUGAUGAAAUUUAAAUUCAUUAAAUAAAAUCUAACAAUUCGGUUAUUUGGUAGGUAAGAAAAGUAGGGCGGAUUAGGACGUUGACUACUUCUGUGCAACAAGCGUAGCGAGAGGUAUAAUCCACCGAGAAAACGAUAGACUUGUAUCCCCGAGUUGAAUGACUAACUCUCUCUGAAAAUUGACAGGUCAGUGGUUAAAAUGUAUAUUUUUUGUCCCCGCAGCCCUCUUCUGUUAGAAAGUAGAGCGUGGAUCACUCUGUCCGCUGAACUGUCAAUUCGGGUUUAUGUUGUUGAUUUCUUUACAUUUAAACGAAUUAUUGUAAAAUGCUCACAUCAAAAACGUUUUGUUCACCUCAGGUAAUAAUAGACAAUUCUUAAUCGAGCGAAUUACACAAACCUUUUGCUAGAAAUUCCUAUUUCAUUAACUAUUUUAGGACUGUGUCACCAACAUCAAAACUAUUGUUGCCUUUGUCAAAUUUCAAUGCUUUUCGGUAUCGGUUUAAUUGUCACACAAGGCCUUAUACAAGCAUCACAGCACCGCUAAGCUGCAUAAACAGCAAAUACAACAAAGAAACUAACAUUCUCAUAAAUUAUCUCACCGCUCCCCAACUGCAUUGUGAAAAUAGUCUUCCUUGCCAGCAUGAUAAGUCUCGUACAAUUUUCUUAUGAAAUUGAUUUUUGAUUGCCUAUCGAUCGACACAAUUUUGUUUUUCUAUCUGAAUUCAUCUUUCCAUCUCACCUGAUGACAAUUUCAUAUUUAUAACAUCGUUAUAUGCUCAGCAUUUUGACUCACAGCUGGUAACGGAAUUGACUUUUAUUUUUACAGUUCGCUUAUCACCUACGAAUUCCGAUUAAUUGGACGUUUAAAAGAAAGAAGAAGAGAGAAAUGCUAGAUGUGCAUAUAAGAAAGCUAAUAUAAAAAAAGCUAAUUGAAAACCACAAAUUUUAAUAUAAAUAAGGAAUAGUAUCUAUUGAAGGAAUCUAUAUAUGAAAGUUUAUUUUUUAGUCGAAUAUGAAUAUCAAGUAUACCUCUAUACAAUAAAAUGAAGAGA